AUGAUCGAAACGACUGACUUGUGUACGUCGACAGGUCGCCCGAGUGCAGCCGAGGCCCCGUGCGCCACCGACGCGGGCCACCAGUCCCGAGAACUCGGAUAGUGACAAUAGCCCGGCCUCGGUGAAGGUCCAGGAAGAGAGCGGCGCCACCGUGCAGGAUAACAAGAAGAGCGCCCUACGCCGCCUCUUCGUCGAUUCCCGUGCCAAGGGCGGCAAAGGCGGCAAGGGCGGCAAGGGCGGCAAAGGCGGCGGAAAGUGCGGUAUCUACGUAGAGGAGUACACCUCGAACACGCCCACGGGCAGCGAGAGUCCGUACAAGCGUCCUUCACCCGUUGUCGUCGCAGCCGCUACCGUCCAGCCGGUCAUUCUCGAGCGCACCGAGGACAAGAGACUCGGCUUCCCGGCCCUCACCUACGUCAACGGCAUGCCCAGGCUCGUUUGCAGGCUCGAGCUCAGCAGACUCGGGCACGUACCGAAGCCCGCGAGGGGGCAGGAGAUCAGACAGAGGACCGAGAUGCCCGACACGAGGCCAUCCUCGAGACAACAACCGAGCGCCCUGACGACAACGCAGAGUCAAUCGCAGAGGCCAACGACGCCGGAGGAAGGCGAGAUCGUAGAGUCUCGUGGCAGCGGGGCCAGCAUCCCCGCGGUGGCCCAGGACAGCGACUCGGUGACCGCGCCCGCGAAAGUCGGCAGCGGCAUUGGUCUUGGCGCAGGUGUCACCGGCAGCGUUGGUGUCGGCAUCGGCGUUGGCGUGGGUGUUGGCGUUGGCGGCAGAGUCGGUAUCAAGACCGAUGUGCCGGACGUCAUCAAGUCCGUGGACGCGAAGCCGAUCGCGUCGAUGGGAGAGGCCGCCGGAACCGGGAGUGGCGUAGGCAGCCUCGGAGCCAAAACUAGCGGCCACGGGGAAACCUGCGAACUCGCGACCACCGGCAGUGGCGUCAAGAGGAAACGCAAGGAGAGCUGCAGCUCGGUCUCGAGCCUCGGCACCGUCUGCUCCCUCGACACGAAGGUGAAGAUCGAGUCCAAGGAGGAGAAGAAAAAGCGCAAGAGGAAGCACCAAGAGCAGGAGAGCCUCGCCAGGUUCUCCGCGAGCCAGCAUAACGACGCACAACCGACGAAUCACGAGCGGGAAGAUAAACCUGACAUGAGUCUCUUGCCGCCGCCGCCGCAACGCGUCUUCUAUUCCUACUUUUAUAUGCAGAACGACGUAUCGGAAGACCUGGACAGCUAUCAGGAGCAGUACUUGGCCGAGGCGAAGCGACUCAAGCACAGCGCCGACGAAGAGAGCGAUGUGACGACGCAGGGUUUGCUCUACCUCGAGGGCGCCAUCUACUUUAUCCUCACGGGACAAGCCAUGGAGUCGGCUCACAUGUCCGAACGCGCCGCCUACAGGAUAUUCAUAGCAACGAAGUUUCAAGUUCAGCCGAACAACUCCGUCGAGAGUAACAUACACAUUAAGCUACUUAUAUUGAGCUUAUGGUGUCAGUCCCUCAUAUACCAGAAGCUUUUCAACCUGAAGAAGGCCGAGAUAAAGGAGAAUCACCUGCUGCUAGCCGAGUAUCAUCAGAAGCAGGUGCUCGUGCAGCCGGAGGGCCAGGGCACGCCGUCCCUCUCGCCGACGCCGUCGCCCGCGGGCUCGGUCGGCUCGGUCGGCAGCCAGAGCAGCGGCUACAGCAGCGGUGAGCUUGCCAACCGCGGCCUCGCCAACGGCCAGGCCCCGGUACCCACCUACGUCAGCGUGCCCCUAAGCAUCCACAACGCCAUGCAGAAGCAGCACAACGACAUGGGCAUGCUAAUGAGCUCGCACGAGAAGUGGGACAAGGCCUGCGCCCUCGUCACCGACAAGCACAGAGACUUCUUCAUCGAGCUGGACGAGACGUUGGGGCCCCUCACGCCCAAGAGUUCCCUCACCGAUUUGGCCCGUUACGUGCAGGCCGGCAUUAAAAAGCUGCGCGCCCUUUGACCCAAGUGGCACAGCCCCCGGCCACCCACCCCGAGCUACGUAUCCUCCCUGCCCCACAACAUCGCUAGCUACCCGAGCGUCGUCUACACGUAGAGAGAGAGAGAGAGAGAGAGAGAGAGAGAGAGAGAGAGAGAGAGAGAGAAAGAAUGGGACGAGUCGAGCAGCGGCACAGCACGUGGCUCAUUUGCUUUUUGUACGCCAUGAGACGGGGCCGGUCGUGCCUUCUCCCCGGUACAUCCAACACGAAAAGCCCUACUUUCUUUCUUCUCUUC